AUUCGUUGAUUCGAUCAGUCUAACCGUGCGCUUAUUGGUCGAAGAAAGAAACUAAUCGCAUAUUCCGUUUGAUAUGUCAAGUAAUAAAGAUGAAUGAUAUCAAGAACAUCGUUUUCACGAAUAAUACAAGAAUUGCUUCUCCUAAUUCUGUUUUAAUUGAAUAUGGACGUAAAAGCGUUGAACUGGAAGUUAUCAAAGAUACAAUAAGUAUGUAUCGAAACAACUUUUUAGAAAGAGAAAAGAUACUGAAGGAAGAGAAACAAAAGCUGGAUGAAUUAAAUUAUCAAGUAUGGUCCCUGGAGGACUCGUUAUGCGAACAGAUAUGGCAGUUCUCAAAAGAACACGAUUUCUUUGUUAUCUUUCAAUAUCAUCCCUUCAUUAUGGAGACCGGUCAUUGCAUAAAGCAAAGAAGUGACUAUGCGGAAAGGAGCUUAGAAUUGAUGAAUCUCUCAAAUGAAAUCGAUACUAUCAAAACGGAAAUGAUUAGUCUUAAUCAGAGAAGGAAUGUCAAACGAGAGGUGGAGACCGCUUUAACGAAAUUACGAAAGUUACAACUGAUUUCAGAUGACGCUACAGAAUUACUGAGACUGGUACGUCCACCGGAGUCCUUGUGCAAACUCGAGAUGAUAUCAGUACCGUUAUAUGAUGAAGUAAUUCCUAAUGAAAAUAAAAUCAAACGACGUAAGAAGGCUCCAGGUCGUUUAGAUUUGGAGAACAGCAAACCGGGUCUUAUGCCUAAGAAAGAAUUAAUAAUUACCAAGAAUUAUCCUCAAUUGCCUCUUGAAAGAAGUAUUGUACUCACUACGAAUACAAUGAUUACAAAUGUAUUUACACAAUCCACGAGCAACAAAAGAUUUAAAAGGUUUACCCUAAAAAAACGUAGUGAAAUUUCUAUCAGAUUUCAAGAGUACCGCGAGCAUAAUAAUUAUUAUUAAUAAUUAAUAUAUCUAU